CGCCUCUUCCUUCCUUUCUAAAUACUCUGGAAAACUUCCCGAAACCCUCAGUCAGUCUUUACGGAUAGUGACAGCUUCGUUUGCGAGGUGAAUGUUGUUGUUUUUUACCAGUGCCUCCAUUACCGCUAGGUUGCCUUUAUUCCCGUGUAACGCCAUUCAAACUUAAUAAUAAGCGUCAUAAUGGCACCAAAGAGACGCGCUGCUUCUGCUGCCAAGGCUGGCGGCAAAAAAAUGAAGGAAGAACCCGAGCAAAUAAAGCCGAAGGAUGCCUUCACCUCCACCAAAGAGGCCCUGAUGGCUGCAGGGCCACAAAUCAAAAGCAAAAGGAAGGUGGACGAGCACUGCUCCCUGUCAGCCAGUGGAGAGGUAUAUGAAGACUAUGACUGCAUACUCAACCAGACCAAUAUUGGACAAAAUAACAAUAAGUUUUACGUCGUCCAAGUCAUUAAAUCAGCCACCACAUACUAUUCUUGGAACAGAUGGGGCAGAGUGGGUGAAGUGGGACAAUCCAAACUUAAUUCAUUUGCUAACGCCGACAAUGCUGUGAAGGACUUUGAAAAAAAGUUCAAAGACAAGACAAAGAACAACUGGAGCGAUCGCAUUAAUUUUGUCUCUCACUCUGGGAAGUACACCUUGAUCGAAGUGGCUGCGGAGCAGGAUGCAGAGGUCAAGGUGGACAGUGUUGACGGAAAGGCUGUCAGAGUGACUAAAAAUGUCCUACCAUGUACGCUUGACGAGGCUACAUCGGCGCUCAUCAAGCUCAUGUUCAGUAAUGACAUGUUCAAGGAGGCUAUGGAAUGCAUGAACUUAGACAUCAAGAAGAUGCCUUUGGGUAAACUCAGUAAGAUGCAGAUUGCUAAAGGCUUUGAGGUACUGGAGGAGAUUGAAGCAGCCAUGAACCAAAAAAGAAGCAAAAGUUCCCGCCUUGAAGAGCUUUCCUCAAAGUUCUUUACCACGAUCCCACAUAACUUUGGGCGUACCAGACCGCCGACCAUUGAUAGCAAAGAAAUUGUGGAAAACAAGAAAGAAAUGCUUAUGGUGCUGGCUGAUAUUGAGCUGGCCCAGACUUUGAAGUCAGAGACAGAGAAGGCCCAGGAAGCGAUGGUAGAGACGGUUCCUCACCCCUUGGACCAGGACUAUAGUUCUCUCAAGUGCAAGCUCUCUCUAAUGGACAAAACCACGGCCACGUACAAGAUAAUAGAAAAGUACCUGUCAGAAACGGCCGGAUAUACGAAGCCCAAAAUCAUCAACGUUUGGGAAGUUGACAGAGAGACCGAGGGGCAACGUUUUAAAGAGAACGACUCUCUGGAAAACCGCCGUCUGUUGUGGCAUGGCACAAACAUAGCAGUUGUGGCCGCUAUCCUUAAGAGUGGCCUGAGGAUAAUGCCCCAUUCGGGCGGUCGUGUUGGUCGAGGUAUCUACUUUGCAUCAGAAAACAGCAAGUCAGCAAGUUAUGUGCGCACCUCGAAGAACACUGGCGUUAUGUUUCUGAGUGAAGUGGCCCUUGGGAGAGAACAUACCAUCACCGAAGACAACUCAUCCUUGCGUAUGGCUCCAGCUGGAUAUGAUAGCGUAGUUGCACGGGGACGAGUGGAACCAGAUUCCUCUAAAGAUGUAUGUAUCACUCUGGAGGGCAAGAAGGUUGCUGUUCCGCAGGGUAAGCCUAUACCACAGCCUGAGUACUCUGAGAGCUACUUCUGCAACAGUGAGUAUCUCAUCUACAAAGAGAGUCAGUGCUGCCUCCGCUAUCUGCUCGAGCUGAAUAUGUAACGCCAGGAAAAGACGUGCCUACUGUACAUGCCUGACUUUGCCUUUUUGUCACAUAUUCUCCGUUCCUUAAAUAUAUGAUGAGGAUGCACCGAC